CUUUCUUUCACUCACCUACCAAUUUACCAUCUUGUGUUAUUUAAACGUGAGGAUUUUUCAACUAAGCAUAUAGCUAUCCAAUUCUCCUUUCUCCAUUUCUCUCCUUCUCCAUCUUUGGCGUUUUCAUAGAAAAAGAGAGAAGAAUGUCAAUCACUCUGCAACCAUGGAAACUCAAGCUGCUCUCCAUUCCAAAAUCUUAUCCAAAAUCCAUUGAAAGCUGCACUCAUGCUAUUGUAAAGAACAUCUUCUUUCCUAAGAGGUACGCGGCAUCCCCCAUUUAUUUCAUUAGUACAAUCCUAUAACUGUCAACUUUCAAGUAUAACAAAAAAAGCUUCUUUUACACUAAUCCAAAACCAUCCCAACUUCAUUAUCUCCUGAAUGGCAUAUUCCUAUUCAUGCAGUCGUGAUACCCUAUUUUCGUUCACACAAAAUGCACUUGAGCUUGCUAUCAUAGCGGACAUGAAUGUGAUUACAGAUGAGUUCCUAUCACUCAAAUUAGAGGGUAUGAUGGUAACUGAGGAUGUGUUUUGUGCGUUCAUGGUCGAUGACCCCGAUGGCAUUGACAACUCGGGGAGGCGUAUCAAUGAACUAUCUGCAUUAUUGAGCAGGAAUGGGAUCUCUAUCUUUUAUCUCUCUACCCGUAUCACAGAUUUCAUUCUUGUCAAGGAAAAGCGCAUCAGAUCCGUUUUGCCUGCCAUCCGAUCGCUCUUCUCUCUCUCAGUAGAUUCUGAUUGUGAUAUCUCCUCUGGGUACCACUCACGCGGAUUCUCUUCCGAGUCUGAACAGGGUUCAUUUCCCGGGAGUAGUUUCACAUCCAUGAACUCGUUUCUACACAGACCUUCAUCGCCUUCGUCAUCUCGUUUCCAGUCUUUGCAUUAUCAAUAUCCAACGCAGAAUGGAUCCUAUAUCGCUUCAUCUUUUCAAAACCAACAACAACAACAGCAGUACGGAAGUAGUUUAGGGAGUAGUUAUAGCAGGCCAUCACCCGGAAUCACUAUUCCAUUUGGCAGACGCCCUAACUAUGCCUAUUACCACCAUUCAAGUUCACGUGUAGGUUCAGGAGGGUUUUCUGGUGCUCCUGGGCGACAGAAUUCUGAUUCAGAUACAUCCUCUCUGGAUGGGCUUAAUGGGACCGAAUCAGGGGCAGGAAAGGGAGGGAAAAGUAGUGGCGGUAGCGGGACUAUAGGCAAUGGAUAUGGCGUAAUGUCCGACAGUUAUAGCCAGUCUAGUUUCACUCAUCACCACCAUAACCAGCAAUAUAGCAAUAGAGAACAUCAACAGCGUGGGCGACAGAACUCAAUUGCAGAAUCAUCGUUCGGUGAGGGCAUUGGACGAUAUUUUCCAAAGCGACAUCACCAUCAUGGACCUUCUUCGUAUGACAGUCUUGAUAGUAUACCGAAUCAAGCAACACCAAAUGUGGGUACAAGGUCUGUAUCCGCGAACGAUAACAUCAUGUUCCCACUCUUAACGCCGAUCAACAACAGCUUCCCUAGCUUUGGAUCAUUUCCUUCUUUGGGCCUUAUGCAAGAGACACUUGAAGAGCAGGAGGAACGAGAAGCCAAGAUUAAGGAACAGAUUCGGAAAUCCUGUCCGAGAUCUGUUACUGAUGACAAGUUGAUCAUGGCGGGGCUUUCGCUUGACUACCAGUCGGAAUGGGCGGUGACGUUGUUGAAAGUGUUCUUUUACCCAGAAGAACUGCCAGGACUUUCAAGUGCUCCAAAAUCAAGGUUCAUCUCAUUCACGACAACUGACGAAGGAGCCUCACUUAUCGCAGGUCAGGAAGUUUUAAGCCAAUUUGAAGACCAUAUGCUCAAUAAGAGUUCAUCUGAGACCAUGCUCCGAUGUAUUCAAGUGGACUUGUCAAGAUUUGGGUUAGAUACGUUUGGGUUGGUAUACUCGAUGUCUAACCCAUUGGUGGACCAAGAUGUGAACUUGUUGUGUAUGAGCACGUCCCGAACUGCAAAUGUAUUGGUGUACGAUUCGGAUCUACAAAAGUCGCUCAGGAUACUUAGCAUGGCAGGAUAAAAAAAAAUAAUAAUAAUUUAAAUGAAAUUUGUAAAA